AUGACCAAGAUGCCCAAUGUCAAGCGUCUCUUAGGGGACAAUGGAGUCACUUUCGACAAACACUAUUGCACAAGUGCUUUCUGUUGCCCAUCGAGAGUUAGCCUAUUUACUGGGAAGUGUGUCCACAACACUAAUGUGACCGACGUUGUAGUCCCAUGGGGAGGGGGUUACCCUAAAUUUAUAACUCAGGGCUUGAACGAUGACUAUCUGCCUCUUUGGCUUCAGGAAGGUGGUGUUAACACAUACUAUGUGGGAAAGUUUGCGAAUGGCCAUAGCGUGACGAACUAUCUUGAUCCCCCUGCCGCAGGAUGGACUGGCAGCAACUUCUUACUUGAGCCUGGUGUCUACGACUAUCUCAACACAACCUGGACAAAGAACAACGGACCUUUCGAAUUCUACUUGGAGAGGCAUGCUAUCAACAUCACAACCAAGCAUGCACUAGAAAUGAUCGACACGGCUGUGAGCGAUGCCAAGCCUUUCUUUCUUACUGUGGCGCCAGCAGUGCCCCACGUUGGAAUCAAUGCAAGUGGCAACGGAGAGACAUUCUUUCCGAUCCCCCAGCCAAGAUGGGCAGACGCUUUUCCUGACGCCAAAGUCCCACGAACUCCUAAUUGGAAUCCGAAAGAGCCCAGCGGAGCAUCAUUUCUACUAGAUCUCCCAUAUCAGAACCAGUCCCUGGUUGACCAGCUGGAUGAGCUCUAUCGAUCCCGACUCCGGGCCGUGGCUGGCCUGGAUGUGAUGGUCAGUCAGAUUGUGGGUGCGCUAGCCAGCCAUGGCAUCUUAGACAACACCCACAUCAUCUACACUGCUGACAAUGGCUAUCACAUUGGGCAGCAUCGCCUGGGCUGUGGUAAGAAGGAGGGAUACGAAGCUGACAUCAAUAUCCCUUUUGUUUGGCGCGGGCCUGGUGUUCCUAAAGGGCAGGUCAGCUCUGCCGUCUCAACUCACACGGACCUUGCGCCUACGUUCCUCAAGCUUUUUGGACUGCCCAUGAGGACAAAGCUUGACGGGAAGACUAUUCCUGUCGUCACCGGUGAGACAGACGUGAAAGCUGCUGAGCAUAUCAACGUCGAACUUUGGGGAUCAGCGGACGUCUAUGAGACCAUGCCUUUCAAAAAUAACGUUCCUCUCCCAGUGGCUGUCUCUAACAAUACAUACAAAGGAUUACGGAUUGUAUCAGAUGAUUAUAGUCUGUACUAUUCUGUGUGGUGUACGAACGAGCAUGAGCUAUACGACAUGGUGAAAGAUGAAUACCAAAUGGACAACUUGCUACGGGAUACGACCGACAUCACCCGCAUUAGCGCCAGAUCGACAUACCUUGGCCGGCAUCUUAGUGACACUGUGGCACGGUUGGAUGCUCUUCUGAUGGUCUUGAAAACAUGCGUGGGCGUGGAGUGUACAAAGCCAUGGCUCCAGCUCCAUCCGCAGGGUGACGUGAACACACUACGGGAUGCUUUGAAUGAGGAUUACGAUGAUUUCUAUAGGUCUCAACAGAAAGUUUCUUUCACUGCUUGUAAGCAAGGGUAUAUUGUUGAGUACGAAGGACCGGCUUCAGUAAUGCAGUAUAGUGGGUCGGCAUCGUUCAGAUAUCAGCAGGCGUUAACGGGGAACUAG